UCUGUACAAGGACGUCAUGAUGGAAGACCACCAGCCCCUCACAUCACCAGGUAGACCCAGUAAAAGAAGAACACCAGAGAGAUGUCCCAGUCCUCUUCAUCCACAGGAUCAUCAGCUUUUGAAUCUGGAUAAAGAUCUGAGCAAUAAUAAUUCUACAGAGACAUAUGUGAGAUGUGAUAACCAAUGUAAGAAGGAAAUUCCUACAGAUAACCACCCAGGUGACUGUACCUUAAGCUCAGAGGGACAUCUGAUCUCUUCAGCUUUUAAAACAAAUGGUCAUGGUCUCACGCAAGACACAUAUGAAGAGCAUGCCACUAUCUCGGAUAUACCCUCAGCUCUUCACAGCCAAGGUUGCUCAUCUGAUCCAUUUAAACAUCUUCUAUCUUCUGAUUCAUCACAGACUGUAAAGCAGAAUAAAAGUCACAGAAGGGAUGUUAAACAUCAAAGAACAUACACAGGGAAGAAGACCAUUUCAUGUUUAGAAUGUGGGAAAUGUUUUACUUGGAAAUCACAACUUGUUGAACAUCAACGAACUCACACAGGGGAGACACCAUUUUCAUGCCAAGAAUGUGGGAAAUGCUUCAUGAGAAAAUCACAUCUUGCUGAACAUCAGACAAUACACAAGGGGCAGAGGCCAUUUUCAUGCCAAGAAUGUGGGAAAUGCUUCAUAAGAAAAGCACAUCUUGAUAAACAUCAGAGAAUUCACACAGGGGUGAAGCCAUUUUCAUGUUCAGAAUGUGGAAAAUGUUUUACUUGGAGAUCAAAACUUGUUGACCAUCAACGAACUCACACAGGAGAUACACCAUUCUCCUGUCCUGAAUGUGGGAAAUGUUUUACUUGGAAAUCACAACUUAUUGCACAUCAACGAACUCACACAGGGGAGACACCAUUUUCAUGCCAAGAAUGUGGGAAAAGCUUCAUGAGGAAAUCGCAUCUUGUCGAGCAUCAGACAAUACACACAGGGCAGAGGCCAUUUUCAUGCCAAGAAUGUGGGAAAACCUUCAUAAGAAAAGCACAUCUUGCUAAACAUCAGAGAAUUCACACAGGAGUGAAGCCAUUUUCAUGUUCCGAAUGUGGGAAAUGUUUUACUUGGAAGUCACAUUGUGUUGAACAUCAACGAACUCACACAGGAGAGACACCAUUUUCAUGUUCAGAAUGUGGGAAAUGUUUUACUUGGAAAUCACAACUUAUUAAACAUCAACGAAUUCACACAGGGGAGACGCCAUUUUCAUGUCCAGAAUGUGGAAAAUGUUUUUCACACAAAACAACACUUGUUGUACAUCGAAAAAGUCACACAGAAGAAAAGCAAUUUUCAUGUUCAGAAUGUGGGAAAUGUUUUGUACAGAAGAAAACCCUUGUUGCACAUCGACGAAUUCACACAGGAGAUAAGCCAUUUUCAUGUUCAGAAUGUGGGAAAUGUUUUACUUGGAAACCACAACUUGUUAAACAUCAACAAACUCACACAGGGGAAAAUGUUAAGAAUGUGGGAAAUGUUGAUUAAGAAAAGCAAAUCUUGUUGAACAUCUG